CCGCCCCCACAGCCGCGGCCGCGGCAGCUGUAGCCGUGGUUCGCUCUGCAGCCUAGCGGGUUGAGCCUGAGCUGGGCGCCGAGGUGAGUGUAGAUGGCUGGCCUGCAGCCCCUCUGCUCUGCUAGACUUUCCCUGACUGGACAACCCCAUUAGCCGCCUCGGAGCGGGACACUUUCCCGGGCUGGCUCCUCUCCACCUUCACCCACCAGGCCGGAGCUGGGCCCCACCCCAUCCCGGUGCCCGCGGCGUGCUCUACGCGCUGUCUGGCCCCGGGCACUCUGGGCGCUCGCGGGCGCACUGGGCGCUUGAGCGCGGCGCAGGAAGAAGACCUGGGUCUUGCCGCACCAUGUCUAUGGACAGUUCCAGAGUAAUGAAUCAGUGUGUCUUUAGAGGAAUGGAAGAAAACAAGGAAAGGCCUAAACGGCAGCGGCAAAACAACUUUCCCAUGUUUCCAUCUCCUAAAGCCUGGAAUUUCAGAGGGCGAAAGCGGAAGCAGAGCACCCAAGAUGAAGAUGCCGUUAGUCUUUGCAGUCUUGAUAUAAGUGAACCCAGUAAUAAACGAGUCAAACCCCUUUCCAGAGUCACAUCGCUAGCAAACCUCAUUCCGCCCGUAAAGGCCACGCCGUUAAAGCGCUUCAGCCAAACUCUGCAGCGCUCCAUCAGCUUCCGAAGCGAGAGCCGGCCUGACAUCCUCGCCCCCAGACCCUGGUCCAGAAAUGCCGCCCCCUCAAGCACGAAACGGAGAGACAGCAAGCUUUGGAGUGAGACCUUCGAUGUGUGUGUCAAUCAGAUGCUUACAUCCAAGGAAAUCAAACGUCAGGAGGCCAUCUUUGAGCUCUCCCAAGGAGAAGAAGACUUAAUAGAGGACUUGAAAUUGGCAAAAAAGGCCUAUCAUGACCCCAUGCUGAAACUCUCCAUAAUGACAGAACAAGAGUUGAAUCAAAUUUUUGGAACACUGGACUCCUUAAUUCCUCUACACGAAGACCUCCUUAGUCAGCUUCGAGAUGUCCGGAAGCCUGAUGGCUCGACUGAACACGUUGGUCCCAUUCUCGUGGGCUGGCUCCCUUGUCUUAGCUCCUAUGACAGCUACUGCAGCAAUCAAGUAGCUGCCAAGGCUCUGCUGGACCACAAGAAACAAGAUCACCGAGUCCAAGACUUCCUACAGCGAUGUUUAGAAUCCCCCUUUAGCCGCAAACUAGAUCUCUGGAAUUUCCUUGAUAUUCCAAGAAGCCGUCUGGUGAAAUACCCUCUGCUUCUUCGAGAAAUCUUGAGGCACACACCGAAUGAUAAUCCAGAUCAGCAGCACCUGGAAGAAGCUAUAAACAUCAUUCAGGGAAUCGUGGCAGAAAUCAACACCAAAACUGGAGAAUCUGAAUGCCGCUAUUAUAAAGAGCGACUUCUUUACCUGGAAGAAGGCCAGAAAGACUCCCUGAUCGACAGCUCAAGAGUACUGUGUUGUCACGGCGAACUGAAGAAUAACCGGGGUGUGAAACUGCAUGUUUUCCUCUUCCAAGAAGUGCUUGUGAUCACUCGAGCCGUCACCCACAAUGAACAGCUCUGCUACCAGUUGUACCGACAGCCUAUCCCCGUGAAGGACCUCCUGCUGGAAGACCUGCAGGACGGAGAAGUGCGGCUGGGCGGCUCCCUGCGAGGGGCAUUCAGCAACAAUGAGAGAAUUAAAAACUUCUUCAGAGUAAGUUUCAAAAAUGGAUCCCAAAGUCAGACCCACUCACUGCAGGCCAACGACACCUUCAACAAACAGCAGUGGCUCAACUGUAUUCGUCAAGCCAAAGAGACAGUUUUGUGUGCUGCUGGCCAGGCUGGGGUACUUGACUCUGAGGGACCGUUCCUAGAUCCCGCCACCAGGGGCAGGGAGCUACAAGGAGAAACAAAACUUGAGCAGAUGGACCAGUCAGACAGUGAAUCAGAUUGUAGUAUGGACACGAGUGAAGUCAGCCUAGACUGUGAGCGCAUGGAGCAGACAGACUCUUCCUGUGGGAACAGCAGGCAUGUUGAAAGCAAUGUCUGACAGAAGCAUGUACUUCUUGGAAGUACCCUGUGUCUUACCUGUACAGUAUUUGCAUUCCACACAUGGAACGAUUUGGAGAAGCACUUUUUAAUACUUGUGUGACCAUGUUCACCCAGUUCUCUUCUAUCUGUACUUUUGUCCCUGUACUGUAACUGCCAAUCUGUCUAAGCUGGAAUCUGUGGCAACUGUUACCCUGUAUUGUAUUUACCAAGUGUCUGGAUGGCUGGAGAAGUACUUGAACAAGUUACUUUUCAUUGUCUUGCUGGAUUUUUAAAAAUAGAAAGCCUCUGUAAAGUACUGUUUCAUGUAGUUUGCUGAAAGAGUCCUUCAGUAUUUUUCUAGCUCCUUACAGGGUUGCUGAAGACAUGAAAUGAAAUGCAAAGGGCUUUGCAAACAGGAUAUGAGGAAGUCACUUGUGUGUCAUGAUGGCAUUUGAAGGAGAACUGGGAAAGAUCAAUGUUUCAAGUGAAAUUGGUUCAAUGUCAUCCAACCAAAAAGCAUGAAAACAUCCCUGGGGCUUUUGAAGGCUUAAUUUUGCAAAGGAAGAAGCACUGUCUUGACCUUGCAAUUUCAUCUGAUGCAAAUUUGAUGCAGUCAUCUCUUAGAACAUGAAAUAGAGUCUGACCUUAAAAGGACCAGCGCAAAAGCAGCUGUCAGCACUAAAGCUUGAACUAAAAUGUGCAUUGCACCAGGAAGUCUCUUCCAUAGAUGCUGGCUGGCCUUACAGAGCCAUUUCUAGCCUAAGACAUCAGAAGAAAACUCAUCAAAGGGCCUGAGGAAACCUGGCAAGAUAACAAAAAGGCCAAUCUUUGCUUCGUUUCAUCUGCCUGGGACUACUCAUACUUUAGAGUGUGAAUGAAGAGAUGAGGACAAGAGACUGCAGCCGAGUCAGUGACUCUGUUUAUAGAAACAUGUAAGAAGAAUUUGGAAAAAGUGCUCCUUCGUGACCUUAUGUGGGAAGCAUUAAAAGAGAAAAGCACAGUCCAGUGUCCUUCUGGGAAAGGCCUUGGGUUUUCCCGCUCUGCCUUUGGGUCAUCAGUUUGCUGUCUCUGUCUCUGUACUGGGAUCGGAAUCACAGUUACAUUCUCCAGAGGCCAACUUAAUUAACUCUAUGAUUAAUUAGGAUCAGUUAGCCAAACUUGUAACCUCUUUGUCCAGCCUUGAUUUACAAUGCAGGGUGGGUCACAGACCUUGGAAGAAAGGUAACUGAAUACAUACACAGAUAAGCUCCCUGCGAGUGUAAAUAUUAAAGAUGACUUGUGCAAAAUUGUACCCACACCAGCACUAGUAGAAACGGUUCUAAAUUAUUGCCAAAAAAAGGUUUUGCUUUUUUUUUUAAUCUUCUGUGUCAUUCAAGUUUACAGAAAGGAAAGCAGUAAAUACUAUGUUGUCAUUUUAUUAUGUACAUCUGUCAUGUACAUUCAAAGAAGCUGUGUGACAAGAUUUAUCAAUGUAAAAACAAGGUAUAUUACUUAUUUUUCAAAAAAAAAAAGUUGUAGUCAAUUUUAUCCUGUAAAGCCUAUUUCUGUAUUUAUAGAUUUUAAACAUGGUGAUUUUUUUUCUAUUACAAGUUUAUUUAAAACUGCUUUGUUUCUUCAGUUGUUAUUGAUUUGGCGAGUGAAUGAACCUGCUGCAGAUAGAAACAGAGAAAAGCCGAGAAAGGUUGUUUGAUGGUGGGGAAAAGAAUGAAUCAUUCUUUGCAGGAGCCAUCAGCCACUUUGGCCAGCCUGUUGAGAAAAGUCUGUCAAGGGCUGGCCUAUGGGAAGAAAGUCAAUGAAUGUUUUCAUGAAAUGAAUGUUUUUGUAUACUGGCCUUAAACUUUUCUGGAAGCAUUUCAAAUAAAUUACAUUAAAAUGCCA